AUGGAAUCCUCCUUCAAUGACUCCACUACAGAGCCCAUCCUGCUGAGGCUCCAGGAUGUCAAUAUCCCUAUGUCUGUUCUCCAAGAAAAGAAUCCCGACACCAACCGCUUUACAGCUAGCGUCAUCGCUUUCCGCCAAAAUUCAGAAACCCCGUCCCAGCCCGAGGUUCUGCUAAUCCAGCGUGGAUAUGAGGGCUCCUGGGGCGGAAGCUGGGAGGUACCUGGGGGAGGGUACGAAACUGGCAAAGACGUCUCCAUCUUGCAGACUGCUCUACGUGAGACCAAGGAGGAGGCCAGCUUGGAAAUAUCGUCCAACUUCAUCUUCCCGCUUGUGUACAGGACCACUUUCUGGCACAAAGAGUCACGAAUGGCUAGUUACACAUUCAUCGUGGAGCUUUCCAAAGAAGUUCCGAUCGUUUUGUCGGAUGAACAUCUAGAUUGGGGCUUUUUCAAUGAAAAAGAGAUCUGUCUUUUUAGCCCAUACGAGAAGGGGAAAGCCCAAGAUGGACAUGUGAUGCUUAAAAGGAAAAAGGAAACCCUCCGCCUUUUUUUUUUCAACAAGGAGAGCCUCCGAAACGGCGAUGUGAAUACACAGAAUCCUAAAGAGAGGACUGACUAG